CUGUAACCAGUACACUUCUGUACAGAAGCUGAAGCAGACAGACAACGUACAGCUGACGUUUCUUUGAUCAGUGUGCAUCAGGAUGGCUGGGGUGUUAUUUGGAAUGCUGGGAGUUCUGGUAUCUCCACUGCUGUAUCUAUGGGAACUGCUGGGUGUAACUGGUGCCUUUCUACUCAUCAUCGUUCUUCUAAUCCUGGUGUUUAAAACUCGCCUGGCAUGGAAGCGCUCAAAUCUCUCCGGCUUCGCCGUCCCACCACAGCGCAACUGGCUGCUGGGUCACAUGGGCAUGAUCCGGACUGAUGAAGUGGGUCUGCAGGAGGUGGAUGACCUGGUGAGGACGUAUCGUCACUCCUGUGCCUGGUUCUUGGGACCCUUUUAUGAUAUUGUGCGCUUUUUUCACCCCGAUUACAUCAAACCCUUGCUUCUUGCCCCUGCAACCAUGACAUUUAAGGAUGAAGUGUUUUACGGGUUCAUGAGGCCCUGGCUUGGACAAAGUCUUCUCUUGAAUAACGGGAAAGAGUGGUCGCGUCAGCGUCGUCUCCUCACACCAGCUUUCCACUUCGACAUUCUCAAAAACUACGUUUCAAUAUUCAACUCCUCCACCAACGUCAUGCAUGAGAAGUGGCGCCGUCUGUUGGCGGAAGGGAAGAACGAGCUGGACAUGUUUGAACAUGUGAGCUUGAUGACUCUGGACAGUCUGCUGAAGUGUACGUUCAGCUAUGACAGUCACUGUCAGGACCAGGAGAAGUCGAGCGAGUACAUCUCCGCCAUUUACGAGCUGAGCGAGCUCGUGGUGAAGAGGCAGCGCUACGUUCCUCAUCACUGGGAGUGGCUGUACAAGCGUUCUGCAGAGGGAAAGCGCUUCCACCAGGCCUGCGAGAUCGUCCAUAACUUCACCGCCGCGGUGGUCCAGGAGCGCCGAGCCCAGAUCCUCCACCAGAAACCAUCGGAGAGCCGCGCGCAGGACGACCAGCCGACCGGCUACAAGAGGAGGAGCGCCGACUUCAUAGAAGUGCUGCUGCUCUCAAAGGACGAGAGCGGAGAAGGACUGUCGGACGAGGAGAUUAAAGCACAAGCGGACACGUUCAUGUUCGCCGGUCACGACACGACGGCGAGCGGGAUCUCGUGGGUUCUCUACAACCUGGCCAUGCAUCAGGAGUAUCAGGAUCGCUGCCGCUCAGAGAUCAACCAUCUUCUCAACGGCCGAGACACUGAGGAGCUCGUCUGGGAUGAUCUGAGUGAGCUGCCCUUCACCACCAUGUGCAUUAAAGAAAGUCUGAGGCUUCACAGUCCUGUUCCCACUUUUACUCGAUAUUACUCUCAGGAUAUGAAAGUUCCUGGAGAACGGACUGUACCUCAGGGAAGUAUCUGUCUUAUUAGUGUGUAUGGUACCCACCAUAAUCCUGAUGUGUGGCCUAAUCCAGAGGUUUACGAUCCCACACGCUUCGACCCCGACAAAACAAAACAGCGCUCCCCAUACGCUUUCAUUCCCUUUUCUGCCGGACCAAGGAACUGUAUUGGUCAGAGCUUCGCCAUGGCGGAGAUCCGUGUGGUUGUGGCGCUCACUCUGAGAAGGUUCAGGCUUCUCCCAGGAUCCACACCUGCACGCCGUCAUUAUAUAAUCACCAUGAGAACUGAGGCAGGACUUCUACUGCAACUGGAACCUCUCACAGCACCACGAGGCUGAAACACACACACACACACACACACACACACACACACACACACACACACAGGUGGUUCUGGAACUCACAGCAGGUCUCUCACAGCUGUAACUGGCCUGCAUACCUUUUGUACAUCCCACGUUUUUAAAACAUCUGCUCUCUAUGUAUUGCAUUAUGUUUGGAAGACUUUUGGGAUUCAGCUACACUAUAUGGCCAAAAGUAUGUGGACACCACUUUAAACGUUCAAGCAGUGGUACCUCAGCGGGACUAGUAAUCAGAAGGUUGCUGGUUCAAAGUAGUAAAAUUCAUGUAUUAAUUCUGUUGCUUGGCAGCAGGGUGGCUCGGCACUCUCGCCUCUCAGCAAGAAGGACCUGGGUUCGAUUCCCAGCUGGAGCGGUCUGGGACCUUUCUGUGUGGAGUUUGCAUGUUCUUCCCGUGUCUGUGUGCGUUUCCUCCAACAGUCCAAAGACAUGCAUUCAGGUUAACUGGAGAUAGUGUGUGUGUGUGUGUGUGUGAGAGAGAGAGAAUGUGCCCUGUGAUGGACUGGCGACCUGUCCAGGGUUUUUUUUUUAUUUCGCCAAGUGAAUUGUACCCACCAGGACCCUGAGCAGGAUAAGUCUGUAGUAAAACAGACGAUGAAUGAAUGAAUUUAUGAAUAUGAAUAUAUUUAAUUACUUGUUUUAUGCUUUUAUGCUUCAUCAGUAUUUUUUAUAUUUGUAUUGUGUUUAUGAGCAGUUACUGAUCCUACAAAUAGACUUUCUCAGGAGAAAAACUCACGUAACCUAUGAUUGUAAUCCUAAAAUCCAGCAUUGUACUAUUGUACUAUAUUUGGUGUUGAAUUUACUGCUUGUGGACCUGCCUGAACUUAUCUGCUCAACGCCAGUAUAAACAACCACAUAGCCAAGUACUGUGUUUACAGGAAGUGGGGUGAAAUGUGUUCUUAGUUCAAAAUAGUUUAUCUGGUCUCAAACAGAACCAGAUUAGAAGGAAACGAUUCAGCCAAGAUGAAGUUUGUUGCUUUUAAGAAAGGCUUGCGAACUCGUGGCUGAAUGACGUGUUUAGAGCGAGAGUGUGUGAUUAAAAAACGAUGAUAAUCUGA